UUCAUACAAUAAUCUGUGAUUUAAUAAAACAGAUAUAAUUGAAAACAUGAAAAUAAUUAUAGCUCUCGUAUCCAUCCAAUUGGGAUUUCUAUGUGUUUUUGGAUCCGAUUGCAAUGGACCUAAUGAGGCAAUGACAUCACCGACACCUGCCUGUCCCUAUACGUGUCAAAACCUGCAUCAAAUCCAUUGCUUUGCUCUCCAAGAAGUGGCGUCGUGUCAGUGCAUUACCGGCACAAUCAGAGACACCACUUCCGGAAAGUGUGUCCCUCAGAGCCAGUGCCCCAACCCUGGACAACACGAAUUUGAAUACCAAUACACACCUGUCUGUCCCCUAAACUGUCUGACCCUUCACACCGCCCGGUGCUCAUCGUAUACAAAUGUGCCGUCGUGUCAGUGCACUGACGGCACAAUCAGGGACACGGCAUCUGGAAAAUGUAUAGCUGUGGACCAGUGCCCGAAACAAACCAGACAACAGCCCAUUGAAUGCAAAGUGAAUGAAAGAUACGCGGAGAGUGUGUCGGCCUGUCCGACCUCAUGCGAGCAUCCGGUGGGACCUGUAUGUGGGGCCAUCAUCCAUAAGCCUUCGUGUGUCUGUAUAUCGGGAACAGUUCGCGACAAAUUGAACAACGUUUGUGUCAAACUUGAGGAUUGUCCCAAACCAUAAUUGUAUACCUUGGUCAUUAUUUCUGUAAUACUGAAAAUAAAUGUAAUAUCAUAGAAAUGAAUGUGAAAUAAAAGAUUGUGGUUAAUGUAAAUGUGAAUUAUUGGUAG